GUAGUUCAAUUUAUAGCUAUGUAUAGGCCUGUUCAGUAACAAUAGCAAUAAUAGUUAAAACCAGUAGGCUAUAUGAUGAUAUACAUGUAUAAACUGUGAUAUGAAGUAGCUACACACCUCCCAUAAUGUGAAAAACCACAAUAUUUCUACACAUACUGUGCCAUUACAUAAUUAUUUGAAAGCAUUUCAGUCAGUCAGUAAGGAAUCCACCAGCUGGCCAUGUCUGUCAUCGAAUAUUCCUUAAAAGAUAUCCAGCUCUCGUCAAAAAUAUAGCGACGGGAGACCGAGAAAAAUACGCUGAGAUUUCUAGAUGCCAGUUCACUUCAUCCAAACUAACUCCAUGUCUAAAGGCUUUAGCAUCGAGCACAGACAUUUUCUGAGCGAGGACGCGUAGGCUAUAGUGAACCAAAUCUGCCUCCCCCCGUGCUGUUUUUUUUCCCCCUCAGCCUUUGUGAACUGUGGUUUUGAGGGAAAGGGAUGCAUUUUCGCAAAAGGUUUCGUAGUGCUGUAUACGUUUUACUUAAUCUGGGACGGACUGGCACACCUCUCUUCAGUCUUCUCUUCACGACGAACGUACGAACGAAAUAUCCGUCCGGUGUUUAGUCACAGAGAGAUGUCUGAGGAUGCGCAUCAAUACCUUAUUCAUCCGUUGUCUCUCCACGGAGCCCGUCUUUGAAUGUUUUACCCGAAACAUGAAUGGAGCUGCUUGAGGAUAUACGACCUUUUCAUCGGUUUUUAGGGAACUAUGAAGCCCUCGACAUCUGAACACACGAAUUAAAGCGAUAAAACCUAUAUGAGGGGCGUUAAGGGACGACUUCGCAAAGCCAUCGCGGCAUAUGCUGAUUUUUUCUUUUGUUUAAAUGUUCGUCUUGUUCUCUUACAGCUUUAUAUGAGCUGUGUCUUUGUGUAUAGGAUCAAAUCGGACUGCAUCUUCUAAAUGAAGUUACCCAGCCAUGCAAUGUUCCUGGAAGGCUGUGAUUCUGCUUGCAUUGGUGUCCAUAGCGAUCCAAUACACAGCUAUCAGGACUUUCACAGCUAAGCCUUUUCAUAUGUGCCCUGUUCCUAACCCUUUGAACUGUGGCUUGGGACAGGAUGUGGAGUCCUUCGAUCGGAUGUGUGAUGAGUACCCAUAUUUUAAUUACAAUUCCUCCAGGAAGACUCACAUCCUCAUCUUGGCGACUACCCGUAGCGGCUCCUCUUUCGUUGGACAGUUGUUCAACCAGCAUUCAGAUGUGUUCUAUCUCUUCGAACCGCUCUAUCAUGUCCAAACGACCUUAAUCCCUCACCUUUCUCCCAGCAGAUAUGCUGUUGAGCGCAGAGUGAUGCUGGGAGCCAGUCGUGACCUUCUUAGAAGCUUGUACAACUGCGACUUGUAUUUCUUAGAGAGUUACAUCAAGCCGCAACCGGCAAACCAUACCACGGAUAAACUGUUUCGACGAGGAGCCAGCAAAGCCCUCUGCUCUAUGCCAGUCUGUGAUGCUUUCAGCUCCAGCGAUGGCAAUAUAGAAGAGGGGGAUUGUGUUCGUAAGUGUGCCUCCCUUAACUUGACCCUCGCUACCGAAUCAUGUCGGGAAAGACGGCACGUAGCCAUUAAAACAGUGCGUAUUCCAGAGGUCAAUGAUCUCAAGGCACUAAUUGAGGACCCUCGGCUUAAUCUGAAAGUUAUCCAGCUGGUGAGAGACCCCCGUGGGAUAUUAUCUUCUAGGAUUGAAACCUUUCGGGACACAUACCGCCUAUGGCGGAUCUGGAGAGCCACAGGCCGUAAACCUUACAACUUGGAUUUGACUCAGCUCACGACAGUGUGCGACGACUUUCUGAACUCGGUUUCCACCGGCUUGAGCCGACCGCCGUGGCUUCGUGGACGGUACAUGCUGGUGAGAUACGAGGACCUGGCCAGGAAUCCACUCCAAAAAACCAAGGAGGUUUAUGAAUUCCUUGGUCUUUCUUUGGAAAAAAGUGUGGUGGACUGGAUACACAACAACACAAGAGGCAAUAACGACGUGUCAGCAAAGCAUAAGUAUGGCACGUUGAGAGACUCAGCGGCCAAUGCAGAGAGCUGGAGGUUGAAAUUGUCUCAUGACAUAGUUGAUUACACACAAACUGUUUGUCAGCACAUUUUAGACGAGCUCGGCUACAAAGCUGUCAACUCCCCCGAGGAGCUGAAAAACAUGUCGCUCUCGCUCAUUGAGGACAAAACCUUCAUACCUUUUUUGUAACAAAGGUAAUCCAUGCGCACGCACAACUAUUUUUCUACAUUUAUAUUCUUGCCUUAAUGUGACUGACAUUUGCACUAUGAACAUUUUUUACUUCGGAGACUCCCUCGCAGUCAACCCUAUGAUUUUCUGAACAGCACAAGAACCAAAACACUUAGCUGUAAAGAGAUCUCGACUUCACCUUGAUUGCAGCCAUUGCAUUGAGAUAGUAAUGUUCAUUAUUUAUAUAUUAGAGCAGAGCACCACACUAUUGACAAAGAAAUUCUGUAUGCUGGUCAUUGCUUUGACAACAGUGAAUGUGAAUAUUUUGUCAGUCAAAGAUCCCAGACUAUUCUCAAGAAAUCUUUAAUGUGGGACUGAAAUGCUGUCAUGUAUAAUAACAGCCGUGCAAUAAAAUUGUGAAUGUCA